AUGGGACGCCGCGCGCGAGGCACCGGCAGCAGCAGCGGUAGCAGCGGUAGCCCCGGGGGCGGUGCGGCCGCCGAAGGGACAAGUCGACCAUGGGACCCAGAGAGCAGGAGCGAACAGGGGGCGGGAGGGCGGUCGAGCGACUGGGGGACGGGAGACGCCUGGACGAGCAAGGGCGAGAGCGGCGUCAGCUGGUGGGACAAGGACGGCCCCGGCAUGGGGAUGGAGGAAGCUACGGGGCGGCGGGGGCAGGGGAAGCGGGAGUUGGAUCCCGUCGAGGAGGCCCAAAGGGCGUGCGCCGCGGACCUGAAGAAGCUUGGCCAGCGGGGCCAGUGGGAGGACGCGACGAGAGCGCUGGUCGGAGCGAGGGUGCGCGGAGUGCCUGUGAACGUGUACAUGUACAACAGUGCGAUCAGUGCGGUCAGCAAGGCCGGGCGGUGGAAGGAGGCCAUGUCCAUGAUGAAGCAGAUGGAGAAGGACGGCAUUGCGUUCGACGAGUUCACUUACAGCUCUGUCAUCGUUGCUUGCGGGAGGGGGGGGCAGCCGAGGAAGGCGUUAGAGUUGCUGGACGAGAUGGUCCAAGUGCACGGGAUUGCCCCGGACAUGAUAUGCUACGGCGCGGCUAUCCAGGCCUGUGGAGACGCAGGGUUAACAGAGGAGGCGUUGUCGCUGAUGGAGAAGAUGUCACGCGAGGGCCUACUGCCAGACAAGACGGCCUACAAUUCGGCCAUCAUCGCUUGUGGCGAGAAGGGACAGUGGGAAAAGGCUUUGAACCUUCUCGGGGAAAUGAGGAGUAAGGGGUUGAGGCCGGACCAGAACAGCUACCGCUUCGCCAUGCAGGCGUGCUCGACGGGGGGCAGGUGGGAGAGGGCGUUGCAGCUGUUGCAUGAGAUGGAGGAAGACGGGUCCACGCCGGACGUGGCCGCGUUUCAGACCGCUCUGGACGCGUUGAAGGACGCCGCCCAGUGGGAGAAGGCGAUGGACCUUAUCUCGGAGAUGGACGAGCUGGGGGUACCGCCGUCGGAGGGGUGCUUUGCUGCGGCAAUAGCGGCCUGUGCGGAGGUUGGCGAGUGGCUUCCAGCGUCCACGGCACGAAAGCUCAUGGGGUACUACGGUCUGCAGCCGGAGCUAGAGACGUACAAGUCCAUCAUCAAGGCCUGCCUCGUGGGCAAGGAGUUCAACAUGGCUCUGACGACCCUCUUCGACCUUCAGAAAUCGGGCCGAAGGGCGGACCAGGAGACGUGGGACAUGCUGAUCGAGAUUUGCGCCGUGGUGGGGAAGUGGGACGCGGCGCUGGAGAUCAUACGGGACAUCUUCGCGGAAGAGGUUUGGUUUGACAUGACAGCCAUCCGCUCGAGGUUCUUCGACUGCCCCUCGGAAGACCUGAGGAUGAAAGCUCUCACGAUCAUCGCCAUGGAGGCACGCUCCGCGCCCAGCAUGAAGCGCAAGAAGAUUAACAACAUACGGGCGGCGACCAAAGCGAAAAAGAGAAAACCCAGCUACAAGCAGCCUGCUGAGAAGACUCCCCCCAAGAAGAGAAGAAGUAGCGGUAGAUGGGAUAGUAACGCCGGGAGCGGGGAUGUGCCGAAGGAACUAGCCGACUUGAGUCUAGAUUAG